UCUCUGCAAGUGUUUCUUUUCUCAGCUUUUGUGUAACAACAACGGUACUUGUUUUUUCUUUCUCUCUCAGGGCUUUGACUUAACAACGGAGCUCUCUUGAAGCUGUGCUCUCUGUCUCUGUAGCUUUCAGUUCUGUAAAGCGUAGCUACCUCAAAAUGCUGCGUUUCGAAUGCAAUUUUAGAUCUAAAAGGCGUGUAUGAGAAACGAAGCUUGUUCUUAGCUUUCGAUCCGUGAAAUUUUGAGGGUAUUUUGGUUGGAGAGGUUUUCUUACUUUUUUUUCUCUCAAGAUUUGAAUAAAAUGAAUCGUAGUUUUAGGGCACAGGACUCGCAAAUGCAAGCAGCAGUGGUGAAGCAAAGACAACAGUUAAGAGCUACAAUGAUGAAAGAAAAAGAAGAAGAGCUAGCUUUGUUUUUGGAAAUGAAGAAGCGUGAGAAAGAGCAGAAUAAUUUGUUUUUAAUCAACAAUACUGCAGAUUCUGAAGCACCGUUUGGUAGGUCAAGACAUGGAAAUUCUCCGAUGCUUAAUAUUUCUUCUUCAACGCCAGCGAGGAAAACAGGAGCUGAUGAUUUUCUCAAUUCCGAGAAUGACAAACAUGACUAUGACUGGCUUCUAACUCCUCCUGGUACCCCUCUUUUUCCUUCUUUGGAGGUGGAAUCACAAAAGACCAUUAUGAGUCAGAUUGGUACUCCAAAGGCCUGCCCGACUGCUCUGAAAUCUAGACUAGCUAGCCCUCAGCCAGAUCCUGUUCGAAGGGGCAACUUGGUAUCCAAACAACCUGCUUCCUCCCCUUUGUUGAACUCUUCAGGUGCAGCAAUGCGCAGGCCUUCAUCAUCUGGUGGUCCAGGAUCUAGGCCUUCAACACCAACUGGACGCCCCACGCUGACUACAGGUUCUAAACCUUCAAGAUCAUCAACACCUACCUCUCGGGCCACUCUGUCCUCAUCUAAGCCCACAGCUUCCGCAGCUAAACCAACUGUCUCUGCAGCUAAAUCAACUACUUCUACAAUGAAGUCCACAGUUCCUGCAAGAUCCUCGACACCAUCAAGGUCAACACGAUCUUCAACACCGACUGCAAGGCCCUCUAUACCCCCAUCUAAGUCGACAUCAAGGGCUGCAACCCCAACUCGACGGCCAUCCACUCCAUCUAGUUCACCAAGCCUAUCUGCUCCUCCUGUAAAGUCAUCAUCUCUGGUUACCAAGUCAGCUUCUACAGUUACCAAGUCAGCUCCCACAGUUGCUAGAAAUCCUGUCCCAUCACGUGGCUCUUCACCAACAGUGAAAUCUAGGCCAUGGAAGCCCUCAGAGAUGCCUGGUUUUUCACUUGAUGCUCCUCCAAAUUUAAGAACUACAGUACCUGAACGGCCACUUUCAGCUACUCGGGGUAGGCCUGGAGCACCCAGUGCUCGAUCUUCCUCUGUUGAGCCUACUCCUACUGGACGUCCAAGACGACAAUCAUGCUCUCCAUCAAGAGGACGUGGCCCCAAUGGUGUUAUGCACCCCAGUGGGAGUUCUGUUCCUGCAUUUAGUCGUGGGCAUUCUAAAAUUAAUGACAAUGUUAGCCCUGUCGUUAUUGGAACCAAAAUGGUUGACAGAGUGAUAAAUAUGCGAAAGCUGGCACCUCCCAAGCAAGAUGACAAACAUUCUCCUCGUAUUCUGACUGGGAAGUCUUCAUCUCCAGACAGCUCAGGCUUUGGAAGAACCCUCUCAAAGAAAUCUUUGGAUAUGGCCAUUAGACAUAUGGACAUAAGGCGCACCAUUCCUGGUAAUUUACGGCCUUUGAUGACCAAUAUCCCAGCAUCUUCGAUGUACAGUGUGAGAUCAGGUCCUACAAGAAGCAGAACUGUUAGUGUUUCAGACUCUCCGCUUGCCACGAGCAGUAAUGCUAGUUCAGAAGUGAGUGUCAACAACAAUGGUCUUUGUUUGGAUGGGAUUGAAUUAGAAGAUGAUAUUGGCAGUGGGAGAGGUGGGCGUUCUCCUCUACGAGGCAGGUGAUGUUCAGAAUUAAACAUUUGAGUUAUGAACUCCCAUUCUAAUCACCACGUGUAUUCUUCUGGGUCCUCAACCAGCUUGACACUUAAAAGAGGAACCUAUUUCCAGG